AUGAAUCAACCGAGGUUCCAACCUGGCAAUCUUGAACAUAAUGCAAAUCUGUAUGAGCGGGUUUGUGAAAUAGCAGCAAAGAAGGGAUGUACGCCAUCACAGCUAGCAUUGGCUUGGGUUCAGCACCAAGGGAAUGACGUGUGUCCCAUUCCGGGUACAACUAAGAUUGAGAACCUCAACCAGAACAUUGGAGCUUUGUCUGUAAAGCUUACACCGGAAGACAUGGCUGAGCUCGAAUCCAUUGCUUCAGUUGAUGCAGUCAAGGGUGAUAGAUAUGUGUCUGGUAUGUCUACUUGGAAGACUUCAGACACUCCGCCAUUGUCCUCGUGGAAAGCUUAAUAAUAAUGUGCUUUCACUGUGUGGGUAAUACUGCGUUUAUCGGUUUUGAAAAACUUAAAAGUCUGUUUUUGUGCUUUGUGAGUGUUCUGAAACUGUGAUGUGUUUCCUACAUUGCACCUUGUUCCGAGAAGCCAGCUGGGGAAGUAUCUGUAACUUCAAAAGCUUGUGAGCUCUUGUAUGAUUGUUCCAUAAAUAA